GUGCCGAGUGACCCAUUAUCAUCAUUGUCGACAGGCGAUUGUAACACAAUUUCAGCCUAUUAACAUUGCGACGACCGCGCACGUAUGAUAAUAGUCCCGUGACGAUUAUAGGAGGUGCGCACCGUCGUCAGAAAUAUUAGUUUCGUUAUCGGUCAAGAGUUUUUGUCUUUAUUCGAUACCAUUCUAGUUUUUGUUGUAUUUUCACUUUUGUUUCCGUAGCUCUCGCUUCUCGUUCCGAAUCUGCCGGUUUUUGUAUUUAGUUACGUCAUCAUCAGUUGUUGCUGCCUCCACUACGGAUUGCGGUAUUCCACCAAGGCCGUCGAGAUCCUCCUCCUUACUCUACAAACUGUUGAUUCCGUGUUCUCUGUUUUUAUUUGUUAAUUUCUUGUUAUUCUUCUUCCUCGUAAUCGUUUGAGGGUUUACGCCUUCGAUAUUCUGGACUGUUGUAUAGGACGACAGUGUCGUCGAAGAUAACACAACUGUAUCAUUACAAUGGUCGACACGGCUGAGGCGACCAGACGGUUGAAUGUCAAGAAACAGACGCUGGACGACGCGUAUGCAGCUCCAGCCAACUUUUUAGAGAUCGACAUCCUAAAUCCUAUCACACAUGGAGUGGCUAAAAAACGUUACACAGACUAUGAAGUGCGCAUGCGAACAAAUUUACCAGUGUUUAAGGUGAAAGAGUCAAGUGUUCGUAGACGUUACAGUGACUUUGAAUGGUUACGCAAUGAACUUGAAAGGGAUAGUAAGAUUGUGGUACCUCCUUUACCCGGUAAGGCAUGGAAAAGACAAAUGCCUUUCCGAAAUGAUGAUGGGAUUUUCGAAGAAGAAUUUAUUGAAGAACGGCGAAAAGGCCUUGAAGUUUUUAUUAACAAAAUUGCUGGUCAUCCUUUGGCACAAAAUGAGAGAUGUUUGCACAUAUUUUUACAAGAACCAGUUAUUGAUAAAAGCUAUGUACCCGGUAAAAUUAGAAACACUUAAUUUAGAACUAAUUAAUGUAAUCAAUAAUGUCGCUGAAUGUUGUUUAUAUUCCACCAAUCAAUUUUACACCAUUCUCAAAUUAUUGUUUAUCCCUACAGUACCUUAGAAUAUUUUCUUUUUUAAUUAGCAAUUAUCAAUAUU